AUGGCAUUUGACUAUACGCAGCUUACCGGGACUUGGUACAACGAGCUCGGCUCUGUCAUGUCCCUUACCGCAGACGAAAAUGGCGGUCUUACUGGGACAUACAACUCGGCGGUCGGAGACGCCGAAUUUGAAUACGUCCUCACUGGGCGCUUCGACACCACCCCUCCUGACGGUGAAGGCGUAUCCCUUGGCUGGGCAGUCGCAUGGAAGAAUGGCUAUCGCGACGCGAAUUCGACCACAACCUGGAGCGGGCAGUUUUACCCUGGUGACACUGCUGACGAUAACACCAUCGUUACGCAGUGGCUGCUGACCUCGAGCACGACGCCGGCCAACAACUGGGACUCCACUGCCAUCGGAAACGACCUCUUCACACCCAACGCGCCAGACGACGCGACUGUUGCCAAGGCCAAGGCCGCAAGCUUUGCGUCGCCUCGUCCAGAGCAUCUUAUCGCGAAGAAAAAUAAAGACAAAGGGAAACAUUGA